AUGAAUAAGUUUGAGAUUCGGAAACGGCCUAGUUACUUCUUCACUCCAUCUUCGGUAUCAACACCAAAACAUAUGAAUAAUAGAAAAGACACCAAACAUACAUCAGCAUCACCAAUAACAAUAUCAUUAUCAUUGCUGCAGAUUUUAGUUAUAGUACAUAAAGCAAAGAAAGUUGAUUAA